GAAGGUCAAGAGCGCCAAAAUUACAUGCGGUAUUCCCCAAGAAGGAUUCAUCGAGAUACGUCCUAAAAAUAAGUGGAGAAAUCCCCGAAAUAACAGAAUUGAUCACACCGGACCAGAUCAGAGCCCAAAGAGCAGCACUUUAUAUUGAGCUGCCCUGCCCGCCCUCUUCAGCCAGCACUGAGUAAACGUUCCGUCCAUGAUUGUGGCCCCCACUAGUCCCGUGAAAAUGGACAAAGGCCGACAGAGGUUGCCACAACUUUCGCCCAAUUAGCACAGGACGCAGGACGCAGUUAAGCACUAAGAUUGGCGGAACGGCAACUGUAAAUAUUUGCGAUACGCGCCCCACAGACACACAUUCAUACGCACACAACUACACAUACAUAGAGCGGGGACAAAGCAAGCAUUCGUCCAUACAACAAUAGCCAAAUCAGAGCAUUAACAACAAAAGGCCGACGUGGAUCGAGUCCAUUAAGACAGAGCACAAAAGACGGAAGAAGCUAACUAAGAGCGAGAGAGAGAGUGACGGAGAACUGAAGAGAGAGAGAGAGGAGAACGAAAGCAUAGAGUGAAGAGCGAAGAGUCGCAGGACAACGGCUUAAGUUCCUAUACAGAUAAAUGACCGAGUCCACACAGCUGCAAACGGCGGAGAACAACAACGCGGGCGUGGUCAAAAUGGAGCCACCGCCACUGGCGACCUCCACCCACAGCUCGCACACGCUCACGCACACUCACACGCACUCACUGGCCGCCACGGCAGCUGGCGGCGCCGGUACGGCGCUCUCGCCAGCCACACCGCCCCUGCCCCUACCUCCGUUGGGAGGUCAUUCAUCGCAGCAGCAACAACAGCAGCAGCAUUAUGCGCUUAAAUGGAACGACUUUCAGACAUCCAUACUUAGCUCGUUCCGACAUCUUCGCGACGAGGAGGACUUUGUGGAUGUGACCCUUGCCUGCGACGAGCGUUCCUUCACCGCCCACAAGGUGGUGCUGAGCGCUUGCAGUCCCUACUUCCGCAAACUGCUCAAGGCCAAUCCCUGCGAGCAUCCCAUUGUCAUACUACGCGAUGUGCGCAGCGACGAUGUGGAGAACCUGCUGAGCUUUAUGUAUAACGGCGAGGUUAAUGUCAGCCAUGAGCAGUUGCCCGACUUCCUGAAGACGGCUCAUUUGCUGCAGAUACGUGGCCUGGCGGAUGUCAAUGGAGGUUAUCCCUACUCCAAGGCUCUUUCGGCCGCUUUGAGUCACAGCAGCAGCAGCAGCAAUAACAACAACAACAAUAACAACACCGCUGACAGCAGCAAUCACAAUAAAGUUAGCAACUAUUUGCCCACAGCGCUGAGCAAUGCUGGCAGCAAUAACAACAGCAGCAACGGCAACAACAACAACAACAGCAAUAACAAUAACAGCAGCAACAACAGCAACACACACAGCCAGAUUUCACCGUUCAACACGCCUCAGACGCCGUCAUCGUUGCCCGUUUCGAGUGCAGCAGCCGCUGCCGCGGCUUCGUUGACAGCAGCCGUUGCUGCAGCAGCCGCAGCGACAGCAUCAAGUCUGCCAUUGGGAGGCAACAGCCAGGGUCAAAGCCAGAGUGGAGGCGGAAGUGGAAGCGGAAGCAGCGUGACCCCCGCCAUUCAAGAGUUGAAGGCAUCCGCAGCGUCGCCCGUAAGAAACUCCAAUCCGAAUCCAAACCCAAAUCCGAGCAAAGCAAGCAGCAACCACUGGGACCUAAGUGACAUGGAGGGUAGUCGCAAGAGUCAUCUAACUCCGCCGCCUCAGAAGCGUAUUAAGAGUGCCGAUCUGUUCCGUGCCCAACACGGCAUCAGUCCGGAGCGAUUGCUUAUAGACCGUGACUUUCCGGUGGCGGGACAGCAUCCGUUGACCCGGAAUCGCAGCCGUGACACUUCCAAGGAUCGUGAUCGUAGUCUUGAACUCCGCGAGUCGUUGCUAGGCCAGGCUCUAGAGAACAGCAAUGGACAGCAGGCUAAUCAGAAACAUGAUCUUGGCCAGAGUGCCGGAGAAGACUCGAACAGUAGCGAUACGGAGCCAUCAGAUCGUGGAGAUGGUCAGCACGAUGGCACCCUCGAUGGUAUGGACAAUCAGCGCUCUCACUCCUUCCCUAAUGCAUUCCUUGGCCUCCAGGGUAUUCCUGGUCUUCUGCCAGGACCCUCUGGUCUGGGGGGUAAUGAUUUUGUAUCGCGCCGUUCCUUAGAGAUGCGUGUGCGUGCCACUGAUCCGCGACCAUGCCCCAAAUGUGGCAAGAUCUACCGCUCGGCGCAUACGCUGCGUACUCACCUGGAGGACAAGCACACCGUUUGCCCCGGCUAUCGAUGCGUCCUCUGCGGAACUGUGGCCAAGUCCCGCAACUCAUUGCACUCGCACAUGUCGCGUCAGCAUCGCGGCAUCUCUACAAAGGACUUGCCCGUACUGCCCAUGCCAAGCGCAUUCGAUCCGGAUCUUGCAUCGCGACUGCUGGCCAAGGCUGGAGUGAAAAUUUCACCAGCUGAACUUCGAGCUCGCGCUUCACCCACUGGAGGCAGCGGUAGCAGCGGUGGUGCCGGCAAUGGAGGCAGUGGCUCCCAGAAACUGGACCUCAGCAAUGCCAGCGGCGGAAUGGACGAUGUCGAAGACUCCGACGAUGAUCCUGAGGAUCUUACCACGGGCAAUGGACUCUAUGGCAGCAGUGCCAGCGACCUCAGUCGCUACCACGAGAGUUUGCUAAGCAACUUUGGACACGCAAACACAACCAUUUCACGGAUGCGUAACGAAGCUGCCGCUGCUGCAGCAGUUGCCGCUUUGGGCCAAAAGGAUCUGUCAUCUGGCGGGGGCAGUGGCGUAGUUCAGAUGCCCAACAGCAGCAAUGCGGGCCAGUCGCUGCUGGACACAUAUCUUCAGUUCAUUACGGAGAACACGUUUGGUAUGGGCAUGUCACAGGAGCAUGCAGCGGCAGCGGCGUUGCAUGCCGCCAAAAUGGCGCAGCUGAAUGCGAUGGGACACAAUCUGGACAAACUGCCAGCGGGAUUGCUGCCAACACAGUUUGAUUUAAGCAAGCUGACGGGAGGCGGUGGAUCGGCAGCUGGUUAUGGUCAAGGCGGCGCUGGCUUGACCAUUGAACCGAUAUUGAGACGUGACCAACAGCAACAGCCGAGCAGCCUAUCGCCAGAUGCUAAUGGAGCGCUGGCAUUGAGCACUGUGGGUCACAUGCAUGCCAACCUGAUUGGCGGUGGUGGCGCUGACGAUCCGGAUGAGGUUGAUAUCGACGCCGAUGCUGAUGCCGAGAUUAGACGCGAUGGCUCUGAGCCCAUGGAUUUGGGUUUGGGCCUGGAGAACAAUCAAUCAGGCAGCAACAACGAGGUUGCCAAUUCGGAUGCCGAGGAGAAUUACUCUGAGGAUGAAGGAGUGCACAACACAUAAGCAAGAGGCAAUACAUAAAAAAUGUUGAGAGCAAAAGAUAUUACGAUAUAACGAUAGCAGAUAAUUCCUUAUUACGAUAUAUUUGCAUAUUACAUUGAUAGAGAGAUUGAUAGCGCGAAAGAGAGAAAGCGAGAGAGAGAGAAAGCCGUCAACAAAUAAAACAAAAUGAAAACAGUUGUAUACCCACACAAUGGAACAUUUGUAACGAGUAGCCUUAUCCUCAUGUAUACCAGUUUAUGUGUACUAUACGAUACGAUAGUUACGAUAGUUGUCUAAGACUAGAAACAAAUCAUAUAAAUCACACAGAUGUGUUGAGUGUGCAAAAAUUGUAGUAAAAUUUAUGUUGUGCUUUUAAAAACAAAAUUAAAUCACAAGCGAAAAUAUUUGAUCUAUAUAACAGAUUUAGAGAAAUGAUUACUUAGAUAUACAUUGUACUUAUCCUACAUGCUACCAAUAUACACAUGUACCUGUUGUGUGUAGAAAUUAAAAAAUGCGCCGAGCAAGAGAACAAGACAAAAUUGAAUCAUUAAAAAAGUAACAACAAGUGAAAUAUAAAAGAAAAGAAAGAAAAUAUUAAAACUCAAAAUACACAAUAAUUACAGAAACCCCUAAACAUAAACAUAGAUAUAGAUAUUUAAGAUUAGUGUACUAAGAACCUCGAUAAUUGAGUAAACAACUCUGUAAAUAGUAUAUAAAAUGUUGAAGGAGAUACGCACCCGGACAUAAUGAAUGCUCCCAAUUGAAUACUCUUAAUCCGUCUUAAGUUUUAAAUAAUUAUGUAAUUUUAUCAGAUGAAACAAUUCAGAUGUGCCAUGCCACAGAUAGAGCUUACAUUUAACUCUGAAGACAAACACUAAUACGAGCAUGCCUACUACAUAUAGAAAAUAGUAUAUAUAGGGCAUUCAUAUACCUAUACUUAUAAUGCUUAACCAUAUCUCAGGAAUUCACGUGGACGACCUUCCCGCUGCCGCAAUUGAACAGCCGGAAGAACUGAACUACCUCACAAAUGAUUUGUGCAGUCCUUGUACUUAUUAUCCGUACAACCUAAAAAUACUUACAUACAUAAUCUUCCAGUAACUGUACUUACACACAGUAACACACACAAUUCGCACACAUGACAUAAUUAUAGCAGUAUGAUCUGCCUAGUUUUAGGGUUUCCAUUGGAUGGGUGCGCAAUUUUACAAGUUUUUAAUGGAAAAAUGCAUAGCCGCAGCUGUGAGUCGAGUCUAAAGAUUUUCACCAGCUUUCGCCAAGCAAUGUAAAUUUAAUUCUUAUUAUUUAUACAAAAAUUAUGUGUUUAUGUACAAUAACAGGAAAUAAACUACAAUUUUCAAUUUAAAGUCACGUCUCAAAACCUUUGCUAAGACACAAUUAAAUGCGUAAUGUUUAGUACAUGGUAAAUGUAUUGUAAUAGAAUCAAAUACCUCAUCAAACUCAGAUCACACACAACAUACAUAUAUAAGAACACAUCUUAAAGGUUUCUCUCCACGUGUACCAUACAAAAUAUGUAUAAUCGCAAUGUCAUAAUAUCUGUAUUUCCAAUAUGUACAUUUAGUUUGAAUAUGCUCUGUUUAUUUUAGAUUUAUUGUUAGUUUCACGAUCGAAAAUAAGACUCUACAAGAGUUAAACCCCACUUGCCUUAUUAUUAUAACAUACAUGUGUUACUUUAGUAAUUUUCUACCUCAAUUAAUUUAAACUUAAAUGUAAUUUACUUGCAUAUUAUUUAAGCGCGCAAUUUUAAUAAUGUAUUUCUUUCAUUAUUUAGAAUUUGUAUCUCUUGAACAAAUCUUCAAUGAUAAUUCAUCACGAGUCACCUAAUAUAGCAUAAAUUUAAUCAAUAUUGAUGAAAUAUGCAUAGAAAUAAAUUAUUGAAUAAAGCAAAUUAUAAGUAAAUACAAAUACGUUUAAUUCGUUCAUUUUCUCUCAAUCGGUUCCUAAAUAUUUUUUUGCUGGAAAUAAACCACACGCACUCGAAACGCAUACCGAAUACACCGAGAAUUAAGUUAAGUUGCUAGAAUCACAAGAGUUAGUGAAAUGAAAGUCGUUACAUAAGCAAUUUAAGUAGAGAUCCAUGUGCUUAGAAAGUUAUAAAUAUUUAUUGAUAUGAAAAUAAAAUCGCGUUAUGAAGAA